CCCGCACUCUCUCCGAGCCUUCGGCUUCUCUCCGAUUUCUCUCCCGACCUCCACUAAUCUCUCCCAUCACCUCCAACUCGUCUGAAAUGAAUCCACGCAUACACAACACCAUUGACCCACCGGAACUCGAUAACCCGUCGCCAAAUGUAACCCGCAAGCGCAGGCUCGUUACCUGCGACCACUGCAGAAAGAAGCACAUACGAUGCGAGCCGAGUAGGUCGAGCGAUGACGCUUGUGAGCGCUGCUGCAAGGAUCAAGUUGCAUGCACGAGGACGAAAAGUCGCAUUCGGUUUAGUGAUGUCUCUGGGAAGAUUGCAGGCCAGAGUUCAGCUGGUAGAGAGGCGUUUUCCGGAUCGGCAAAGAGGGGGGUGACUCCGAGGAGAUUGGUGUAUAUCGACGAGACGCCCGAGUUGAUGGUGGUGCAUGGGCGCGAUGCCGAACCGGCUCUCGACAUUCCGGGAACUGGGGUUGGCUCAGAAGACACACAUUGCGCAGAGAGACUGCCGCAUGAGACUAUGGGAAUCCUGUCAUCACCCGCUGGACAACCGCCGGCCUUCACUGCAGACACUUGGAUGAGACCGGAAACAGCCCACGAGGUUGAAGAGGCAGAUGGGCCGCAUAUCCCGCCCAAUACUCGCAUCCCAGAGGGUACUACGUCAGGCCCCUCGAAUAGCGGGUCCGUCAUGGCUGGUCUAGUCAAACCUCCACGAUCCCUGUCAAUCACGCACAACACCCUUGAAUUCCUACUCUUCCGAUACUACAUCGACCACCUAAGCACCUGGCUCGACUUUUGCGAUCCCGACCGCCACUUCCAAAUGGUCGUUCCACAGCGCGCGCGACGCUGCCCGCCACUUAUGAACGCGAUACUGGCAGCCUCUGCGCGGCAUCUAACGCGAGUCCCCAAGAACAGAACCGAAUCCGGAGCCGUACAAUAUGAUGGACGUAUCCUGCAUGAUCUCACAGAUGAAACGGCUCUACACUACCAUAACAAAUGUAUCCAUGAUUUGCUGACGCUGGGCGCCAACCCCGAGCAAACCCGAAACGAGGAUCUGCUGGCGGCAGGCAUUAUUCUGCGAUUCUAUGAGGAGGUUGACUAUCCCUUGCAAGACGAUGAGCGGGACAGCGAACUGUUCCUGCGCGUUAUAAACAUCUUCAUCGAGGCCCAGAUCCCAAAUGUCCCUCUGAGUCCUGGGCGGAGCCUAUCCAUACCGGGCAGUACGGUUGCGAGUGCAGAUUUGGAGAUGGCGGCGGAAACAUACAGUUCGCCAAAUUCGCUCCCCAACACAGCCUCGAUUGAGAAUAAACGGUGGUACAUGGCAGACCUCCGCCAGGCAGCUUUCUGGGUUGCGUUCCGGCAGGAGGUCUACUCGGCUUUCCUCAAGCAGCGCCCGUUCAACAUGUCUCUAUCGCGCUGCGACGUCUUUCGCUCGUUUGCACCAGCCGAAGAUGCGCUCUGGACAGCGCGCCUGGUUAUAUUCUGCGCGGACGUGCUAGAAUUCUGCUACGGAAACUCCCACCAACCCCCAGCACACGAAGUCGACGGGACGUCGGCCAAAGACCGCUGGGCGCAUCUGAAAUCUCUCGAGCAGAAAUGGGUCGAUCUUCUCCCGUCGAGCUUCGAACCGAUCUACUUCCGAGAACCGGAUAAGAGCAAGGGCGAGGUGUUUCCGGAGCUGUGCUAUCUGACGAAUCUGCAUAUCGCGGGUGUGCAGCAUGUGGAGCUCGCAAGGAUAUUGCUGGCUGUGUAUAAUCCGAAUAUACCGAGGUUAGGGCUCGGACACCGGGCAGCUAUGCGUGCGCUAAGUGAAGAGUUGAGAGGGUGCGUGCUCCGCUUGUGUGGGAUUGCUGUGCAUAACCGGAAGAACCCUCCUUCGUUGACGACGGCGCUGUUGGGUAUUGUAGUUUGUGGUGAACACUUUGAGAAUCGAGCUGAGCAACAUGCCCUUCUCGGAUUACUCGAUGAACUAGAAUACGACCUCGGCUGGCCCGUGGGAAACUCCAGGGACCGGUUGAAACAAUCAUGGGGAUGGUAGUGAAGAACAACAAAGAAACCAUUUAUUCAAUCUCUCAUACACUCAUCUAGAUCUUGGAAGCCUCAACCCUCCUCCCCGUCUCAUCAAACUUGAGCUGCUUCCCCGAAACCAGCGCCUCCUGCAACCACGCCCCAAUCUGCACCGCCUUGACCGCAUUCCCCAACUUCAUCGGCAGCGGCGUGUCGUCCAAGCACGCGUCCACAAACUCCUGCGUCUCCCGCACAAACGCCUGCUCGAAGCGGCCCCAGUAUGUGGCCGGGACUUCGCGCGUGAUUCCGCCGGCGUGGUAGUAGUUCACCAGGUUAUCUGCGGGGUUCAGGUUCACGCUGAGUUUGCCCUCUGUCCCGAUGAUCUCCGUCACGUCUUCCUGCCCGUGAGCCAUCAUCCGGGAGCAGUAGUAGUACGCGAUCUUCCCGUUCCAGAACUCGACGAUCCCCACGGCGUUGUCGAAAUCAUUAUGUUUCUUCAAAUCAGGCGUAACGGCUGUCAAACCAUAAGCCGAAAUCGACUUGGGGAUGAUGUCGGACCCGAAGAACCAUAGGGUCAGGUCGAUGUCGUGCACGGCCAUGUCGACAAAGACGCCGCCGGACCAGCUGGCGUAUUCGACGUAGAAGCCCGACGGGUCGUGCUUGUCGCAUGUUUGGCUGCGCAGAACGGAGGGGCGGCCGAUGAGGCCGUUUUCGACCUUCUUGUAGGCGGCUCUGUAGGAUUCGUCGAAGCGUCGGGAGAAUCCGCACAUUACCUUGAGGUGUGGGCGGGCGCGGGCGGCGGAGACGACUUCGUUGCACUAUUCAAAUAUUAGCCCCAGUGGCCCCCGAAGAGGAAAAUGAAAAGGGGCAAACAUACAAUAUCAACACUAAUACUCAACGGCUUCUCACAAAGCACGUGAAGAUUGCGUUCAAUAGCCUUGACAGCCUCCUCGGCAUGAACCGACGUCGCAGUGCCGAUAACAACAGCCUGCAACCCGGGAUGUGCGAUCAUAUCCUCGUACUGGGUGUAUAGGGUCACGCCGUGCGGCUCCAGGUGCUGCUUUGCCCAGGAUAUUUCCUCGGGGUCUGGCGAGAACGCGGCCACGAGGGUUGCGCGGGGCGCACGGUUGAGGAAGUUCAAUGCGUGGCGUUUGCCCAUGCGGCCGAGGCCGGCGGCGCCGACGGCGAGUUUCUUGGGGGGCAUUUUUGAGAUUGAGAGAUAUUGAAUGUGGACGGGAACGUGAGAGGAGAAGAUGAGAAAGGUUGGUUCUCUGGAUUCAAAGACGAGGAGGGGUUGAGGCGGGGGUUUAUAUGUCUUUCUGGACCCCUUCUCAGGAAUAGGCUUUGUAUGUCUUCAUAUUUCAGGCGUGGGGUAUACUGUAAAAUGCAC